AUGGCUGAGAAUAUGGCAGACGAUACUCCUCCCGUGAGCUGCCUUCCGAGCUCUUUCUGUCAAUAGUGUUUGUGCUGUUAUUUACCGGCCAACUGAUCUUGUUGCGUAGGCUUCUGUUUCUUCGUUGCGUUCGAGGUUCGAGCAGAUGGCGGCUUCGAAACCCAAACCGCCUGCACCUUCGCCGUCCGGAUCCGAAACGGUGCAGAAACCUCUCCGACCUGCCCACACUGGAUCUGAUCCCUUUUUGGAACGUAAUUCCGGCGGAGGUGUCAACUACCACGUUCGCGCCUCACUGGAUAUCCCUCGGGAGCCGGCGACGGUGGGUAGAGGUGGGAUGUCGAAGCCAGCAAACAGCAAUAGUUACUUGAACGCGCACACCCUUCCUCGAGGAUUCACCCAGUCUUCACGGCAGAGACCGCUUUCCGUUCACAGCACCUUUCAGUCUACGCCCACACAUUCACCUCCAGGUUUUCGAUUUGACUCCCCGAAGACCUCCCCUAGUCCGCUAAAUUUGGAUGCCAGAGGACCCUCUCCCGAGCGGUCAUCUGGUUCUGUAAGGACUACACCGGCAUCGUCGCCUCACUCUAGGUCAUUUAGGGUUUCCAGUCGCUCUAACUCUCGGUCGGGCUCUCCCUCACCAAAUACUGAACACCGUGCGCCGCCCCCACUUCCCGUAUCCGCACGUCCUGUACGGCAUGGACUGCCACCUCCUCUACCACCGGUCGUGCCGCCAGCUGGAGGCAUUAAUGGGGACCGGAGAGCGAGUAUGCCAAACAAUGGAGCUUUCCGCCGGCCUCCGCCUAGCCCGGCACUACAGGCACCCCAGGAUUACAGUGAACCGGAGAAGCGGAUUCAACCCGAACAUACCGCUCCUCCGGUCCCGAUGAGACCGGCAAGACCCAAGAUACCAAGCAAACCAUCGACAGCGGCAAAGCCAGAUCGCACAGGCUCGAACUCGGGUUUAGCCCCUGCGGCUUCUUCGGAGGAGCACGUUUCGCCGUUUAGUACACCGCCUUCAAGUGCCAACAACUCCCCCAGCAGGUCAGAUAACGAAUCGGGAAAUCAACCAAGAAUUAUGUCUAGGCAAACAGCAGGAAUGCUUAACUACGCCGCCCCACCGCCAUUGCAUUAUACCACUGUGGAAAGGCCGGGUGGGCGGAAUGGGGCUGGAAUGGAUACCGGGAUUCUCCCGGCAAAAGCCCCCAUACCGCCUCCGCCAAGGAUUUCACGAGAGGAGAUUAGACCAAGAAUGAAGUUUGAGGAUUCAGUUUGGGGCCAGCGAACGUCACUGGACGACACGGGCCUGAGGCCGGACCUCCCUCCAAGGCCCCCGGGCGGAAUCAUUGGUGGGGUUAGAGCUAGAGUCCCAAGCUUAAGGGGCCGAAGUUACUCUCCCCCUCGGGCACCGUCGGAAAUUGGGCCUGUACCUGAGCCACCUGCUCCCCCCACAUUUCUCCCGCCCCCUAGGCGAGGUUUCUCUUCGAUCGGGGCCAAAGCUUCAGGCGGCCAGGAGACAUCGGUCUCCUCCAGCAGGAUAUUCUCCAACACCUCAGCCGCGGCCAGCUCUGCGGGACAUAGUAACGGCGUUGAGGAUUACGGCGGCUACGGCCCCGAUGAUUCAGAUGAGGCAUUGUCGGAUGAGAACCUGUCAGCAUUGAGCGAAUAUCCGGAUUCAUCCCAGGCCAACCGGCGUCACCCACUUUUCAAGAGUGGGAUUCGGGAUAUAAACUGUAGAGCGUAUGUCAAGCACUUUGCCGUUUGCGGAAAAUACGUUUGCACAACGAAUAAUGCUACCAACGUCUGGAAUAUAGACACAGGACAGUGCAUAAUGUCAAUUAAUCAUGGGGAAAGCACAAGGGUAACGGCCAUUGCGUUCAAGCCCUCGGUUAAUGUUGAAGACGAGGGGAAGCAGCUCUGGAUUGGCACUUCGCAUGGGGAAUUGAUGGAGAUUGAUAUUCCUUCACAAAAGGUCAUAAACGCCAGGGCUAGUGCGCAUAUGAAGAAGGAGGUUGUCCAGAUUCACCGAUGUGGCUAUGAGCUAUGGACGUUAGAUGAUGGUGGAAAGCUCCAAGUUUGGGCACCUGAUGUCAACGGAGUGCCGAACCUUAAAAACUCCCCAACCACAUUUAGGAUUCCGAAUAAACACACGUAUUCACUCGUCGUCGAUGGGAUGCUAUGGAUAGGUGCUGGAAAGAAUGUCCAUGUCUACCAGCCCAGUUCAGACUCCCGUAUGCAGUUCAAUGUCAUAUCGAGACCCUUAACACCUAGUAAGCCCACUGCCGAAAUUACCUGCGGGGCCGUGGUCAACAGCGAACCCGAUAAGGUCUACUUUGGGCACUCAGAUGGAAAGGUAUCAGUAUUCUCUCGAUCAAAGUUUUCGUGUCUCGAUGUGGUCAACGUGUCGCUAUACAAGAUCAAUUCCAUGAGCGGUGUGGGGGACCAUCUGUGGGCCGGUUUCAAAACUGGUAUGAUAUACGUUUACGAUGUCCGAACCAAACCAUGGACGGUACUCAAGGACUGGCAGUCCUCGCACGGCCCAGUAGUCCAGGUGGUCGCCGAUCGAACGAGUAUAUGGAAAGUUGGGCGAUUACAGGUUUUAUCUUUGGGAGUUGAUAAUGUCGUUCGGGUCUGGGACGGGAUGCUCGAGGACGAUUGGCUUGAGAAAGAGAUGCAGCGACAUGACGUUGAGUUUUGCAGCUUCCGCGAGAUCAAGGCUCUCAUUUGCACAUGGAACGCUGGGGCGAGCAAGCCGCAGGACUUGCUGAAUCGAGAGGAUGAUAGGGUGUUUUUGGAAAACGUCUUGGGGAGUAUUGAUAGCCCGGAUAUCAUUGUUUUCGGCUUCCAGGAAUUGGUUGAUUUGGAGGACAAGAAGAUUACUGCGAGUAAGCCGCCUGUGGUUGACCCUUUUGUUUGAUUUUGACGCUUAUAUUUGGUAGAGUCUCUAUUGAAAGGUGGUAAGAGUAAGAAAAAGAAGGCGGCGGACCAUCAAGAGCGCAUGUCCCAUCAGUAUCGGCUAUGGCAGCAACAGCUUACCAAGUCGAUCGAGACCCAUAUGCCUCGAGAUCAACCGUAUGCUCUUUUGCAUGUGGCGAAUUUAGUUGGCCUCUUUACUUGCAUCUUUGUGAAAGCCUCCGAACGACAGAGCAUUCGCAAUGUAUGUGCAUCGACUGUCAAGCGUGGUCUCGGCGGUCUACACGGUAACAAGGGUGCACUUGUAGUACGAUUCUUGUUGGACGAUAGCUCUCUCUGCUUCAUCAACUGCCAUCUUGCAGCGGGCCAGUCCCAUACCAUCUCCCGCAACAACGACAUCGCAGCAAUCCUCGAAUCCACCUCUCUCCCAGCAGAACCCUCCGCCGAAGCUCGUACGGACAUGUUCGUCGGCGGCGGCGAUGGCAGCAUGAUCCUCGACCACGAAAUCUGCGUCCUCAAUGGUGAUCUCAACUACCGCAUAGAUAUGCACCGUGAUUCGGUAAUCUCUCGGGAAAAACAAGGCGAUCUGCCCGCGCUCCUGGAACGUGACCAGCUCCUCGUGGAGCGAUAUCGAAACCCAGGCUUCCGCCUCCGCGCGUUCCAAGAAUCCCUAAUUACCUUCUCACCCACGUACAAAUACGACGUGGGCACCGAUACCUACGAUACCUCGGAGAAGAAGCGAUCCCCGGCUUGGUGUGAUCGGGUCCUGUACCGUGGCCUAGGAAGGAUCAAGCAGACGGCGUACCGGCGCUGGGAAGUCCGUGCCAGUGAUCAUAGACCUGUAAGCGCUAGCUUCCUCAUCCGUUUGAAAACUGUGGACCAGGAGCUCCGCGGGCACGUGUGGGAGAAGUGCAAACGCCGAUAUGCAGACGCCCGGGAGCGGGAGGUGUGGGAAGCUAAAAUGGAUUUUCUGGUCAAUGUUUGCGGAUACGGACUUGAAGAGGCCCGUCGGUCAUUGGGGAAGAAGGAGGGGGUGGUGGAGGCUGUGAGAAGUCUUCAGGAGGCUGGGAGACAGUGAUUAGUAUAAUGGGAGUUUUCUUUCUUUUCUUCACCUUUUCUUCAUCCAUCCAUCCAUUGUUUUAAAUUUUUCAUAUAUAUAUAUCUUUUCUCAUUCAUGGGGUCUAGAUGGGUGUAUACUUUUUACCAUUGUUGUGCCGUGUCGAGUUUGGGUAACCUUUUGUGAAAUCAAAAGGGAACCUUCAGCGGAGAAGGGAUGACGGAAGAAGGGAGGAAGGGGAAUGUGAGGGAGAGUGGGGGAGUUGGGGGGUUGUUUUUUCUUUUUUUUUUUCUUCGCAUGUACUCUAGCCGGAACUUUCGGGUGUAUGGAUUACGCUGAUCUGAUCUGAUAGCUCUUUAAUGUAGGCAUGGGUGAGGGGGUGGGGUACCGUAGUCUAAUGACAUUUGUUCUAAUAUCGU